CAGCAACCUACACGCAACCUCCAUUGAAGACAGAUCUUGAACAAAAAAAUAACAAAACCCAGCAGGGAGGGCGACAUGCAAUGGAAAGACAGAUCAUAAAUCCAAAAACAAAAAACAAGAACAGGGAAUGGAGCAUGCAAUGGCGCCGAUUGAUGAGACUUGACUAUUACCUGAGGCGGCGACGAUCUCGGAUGAGCAGAGGGCGGCGACAAGGUGGGAACCUCGGAGGGCGGCGACGAGGACGGACAAGCGGUGGCCGUCGUCGAGUUCGUAGGAUGAGAGGUGGUCGAAGGGAGUAUUCGGCGGCGACGAGGUCGGAGGAGCGGAGGGUUGCGUCGCCGAUGAUAGUUCAGGCGAACAACAGCCGCAACUCUCGGCUUCGCAACUCUCUGCUUCACAGGGAGUAUUCGGCGGUGAAGAAAUAGAGUGGAAAUUGAUAAGAAAGAAUCUCCCAAAAAAACGAAAGUGACUGUUGGGAUCCCACCACACAAAUCUCGGCUGAUUUGAAGCAAUGAGUCAGCUAAUUACAUAGACCUUACAAAAAUACCCUCAGAAUAAAAACCUAUUUUAUCA